CACAGUUUCUUCUACAACAACAAACACUUUCACAAACAAAACAGCUUUAAAAACCUAUCUAGUGUCGUUUCAUAUCUUACGCAUUUGAAGAAAGAAAAAUGGCGUCCAACCAACAGAGCUACAAGGCUGGUGAAACCAGAGGCAAGGCCCAGGAGAAGACUGGACAAGCUAUGGGAACGAUGAGGGACAAGGCUGAGGAGGGCAGGGAAAAGACUUCUCAAACGGCCCAAACAGCCCAACAAAAGGCCCAUGAGACAGCCCAGUCAGCUAAAGAUAAGGCAUCUCAAACUGCCCAAACGGCUCAGCAGAAGGCCCAUGAUACGACUCAAGCAGCAAAAGACAAGGCAUCUCAAACUGGCGACAAAGCUCGCGAGGCCAAGGACAAGACCGGGAGUUACAUGUCGGAAACAGGCGAAGCCAUAAAGAACAAGGCUCAAGACGCUGCUCAGUACACAAAGGAGACGGCUCAAGGUGCGGCUCAGUACACAAAGGAGACAGCUGAAGCUGGUAGAGACAAGACCGGUGGGUUUUUGAGCCAGACCGGUGAGCAUGUUAAGCAAAUGGCUAUGGGUGCAGCUGACGCAGUGAAGCAUACUUUUGGGAUGGCUACUGAUGAGGAAGAAGACAAAGAGCAUUUUCCAGGAAGUACUACGACCACUACUGCAAGUACCCGGACCACUGAUCCGACUCAUCAGACUUACCAGAGGAAGUGAGAAAACCAAAAUUGAGAAGGAUAUGAAAGUGUCUUUAUGUUUGUUGGUCUUUUGAGUUCUGUGUUGUACGUUUUUGUAAUUUCCGUUGUCUUUCUUUGUGUUUGUGGUUUAGUUGUGUUUCUUGUUGUGAUGGUGAUCCUGGAGACUUCUAAUUUCCAGCCAAUAAGUUUAGAUUUGAUCCCGUUACAACUUAUGUGUUUUCCAAUUUGUAUUUUUGUUAUAAUAAACAGUUAUUAAUACACAUCACGGUCCACUUCG